ACUGAACCGCGGAUUUUCAUUUAAUAAGGUAUAUGCUGCUUACACCUCGGGAAUCUUGAUCCAAGUCUAUGGCCGUCCUGAGGGCCAAAGCGCAGGAGCAAUUCGAGAUCCAAGACUCGCCCCUCGUCGAUUCGGUAGCACCCAACAGCAAGCAACAAACGGGGCAGCUCCGAAUUCUGAACAACGUACAGUAUACAUGACAACAAUUAGCUCCAUCGUCCAAUGUAGGCCACUGCUUGCAUGCGGCCGCCCUGCUGCACAUCUGCCGGGCUUGCAGAUGGGCAAGGUUGGAACUACCUAACCUUACGACGGUGUAGCAGCUGGUGUCGGCGCCCGUGCCACUGUAUACUGUACCUAAGGUAGCAAGCUUCAACGCUCACGGCAUAGGUACCCUGCGUUGCACCAUUAUCCCUGGACAGCUCCUCAACCGCCAGAAAAGCCUUGUCCGUUGUCGAAUGCGCGUACGCGACAUGCAAUGGGUGCACAGAUGCUGACAGGGCUCUCGGAAGACUUUGCCCAUCACGUAUUUUUCGGCAUUAUUUGGAAGUACCUUAUGGCUGGCCGAGGCGCGACGCUCAUGCGGGGAUUUGCCGAGGUCCGCCGCGACGACCCUAUUAUUAGGCGGAUGCCGACGCCAACCUAAUAACUACCUAGUACUCACCUACCGCUGGCUUCGUGGUAGCGGAAACAUCAAGGUAACCGACCACAGCGUACGAGUCACAGAUGUCGGACAAGCCUUACCCAAGUGAACGACACCGUUCCAUCGCCGAAAGUUGGAUCGAGCAACGCGACAUGGCCGCGCAGCCGCAGGAUUUUCCACGCCGGAGCUUCCAGGAGGCGCUUGCGUUGACGCCUCUCCCUGCUAGCCAGGAUGCCCACGGCCGUGUCGUCAAGCGGUACAUGAGUCGGCAGCCCGCUUGGAAGCCCGGUGAUGAGCUCCCCUGGGACGCAGUGUUCUCAUCCCUGGACGGGCCGCGCCCCAGGUAUGGCAGCGCGGGAGUCUUUGGCGGACACGUCUAUGCCCAGGCGCCCUUGUGUGCCGCGAGAGCCGUCGAGGAGGAGGAGCAGCAGCAGCUGGGCGUCAUCAGCAGCAGCUCCCAGGGGAAGCUGGGUAUUCACUCUAUUCAGGGCGUCUUCACGGCACCUGGUCUUAAAGACCGGCCCUUCGUCUACGAGGUCGCACCGCUGUCCAACGGACGCUCGUUCUCCGCCCGCACCGUCAACGCGCGUCAGACGAAGGAGCCUUCAAAAGAGCCGCUCGGCCCCUUCCCGGCGUCUGAUGCCGACCUUCCUCUCAAGGAUGUUUGCUUCAGCUGCAUCACCACAUUCAAGCGAUCCCACCCUAUGGUAGAUGAUAUUCAACCAACGCAGUCUGCCCAAGAAAUCUACGCCGACAUCCUCUCAGCUCGAGCUCCUCAUGAAUGGGACACCAGUCCGCAGAGCGAUGUAGACUUCAUCAAGGACCUAUUCCCGAACGCUGGCCACGGGGGUUUUCCGAUACUUGACAUGCACAAGGUCGACAUGACCGAGUUCAACGCCGGAAAGCCGAUUCCCGAGCGCCGCGAGCUCAUCUACUACCGUCUCAUGAAGCCCCUCGACGAGGACGACGUCAACGCCCACAUCGUCUGCCACGCAUACGAGGCGGACCGGAACGGGCUCAUCAUGUGCGGCAACCAUCUGGGAUACGGCUACAACCUCGGCGCUGUGGCAAGCCUGACCUAUUCAUUUUACGUGCACGUCAACCCGGAGGAGAUGGUGCUCGACACCGAACGGUGGUGGCUCCAAGAGGUCUCAUGGCCUAGAGUCAAUGCAGGGAGGUGCAUGAUGGAGAGUAGGCUUUGGAGCCCCGAGGGGAGGCACAUUGCGAGCGGAUACCAGGACGGCAUCAUACAGCCUGACAAGUCCUCGGGGGGUUACGGCAAGCUCUAGGCGUGAGACGUGACGGCAUACCUCGCCGCAACAUGGGUGUAUAUAGACUGUAGAGAUGUCGAGGAUCAUGUAUGCGACAUGCGACCAUAGACUUGAUAGACAGAGUUUCGAAGCUCAUAACCAUUCACCCGAGCUGGGG